GAUCGAAGCCAUUUUCCUCUGGAGUUUUAUAUGGCUGGGAGACAUGUUGUGUUUUUUUAGUUGAAACCUGAAAAACAUUAUCUUCUUCCAUCUUCUAUUUUUUGCUUCUCUUUUCAGCAAUCAGAUCAUUUACAAGAUAAGAAAGAACACAUUAUUGGAAAAUUUCAUUGAUGGGCCAUCUUUAUUCUACUAUAUCAAGCUCUGAGUAAUCAGCAAUGGUUUCUUACUUACUUGUCUUGGAACAGAGACCUUUUGAAGAGCUUAAGAACUAGCUCACUCUGUUACGUUACGAGCUUCUCUUUUUCUUUUUCUGGUUCAUUGGUGAAAAGCGACACCGUUUUGAUACUUGGCAGGUGAAAACAGGAGUCGGGAAUGGAAAAACAGGGGAGUGGUAGCUCCUCCGGAAUCAACAGUUCAGGUAAUAAUAAUAAUAAUAAUGGGAGUAGUAGUACUGGAGCAGCGAUCAACAAAUGGAUGGCCUUCGAAAAAGAGGGUUCGUCUAAAACUGGGAAUGAGCAAAGCCCGGAAGGAAUUAUUACGGAGAAAGCGAGCAUAGCGGAAAGGACGGCGGAAUGGGGAUUGGUUGUGAAAUCGGAAUCGGGAGAGAGGAGUUUUAAAGCUAUUGGGAGUGUAGGAAAGAAUGCGACGUCGUUUGGGGAUGGGGAAAGAGGAAAGAACUCGGAAUCGGCAAGGACGUCGUCGGAAUCGCUUUCCGGAUUGGAAGGCGCUAUCCCGAGGGUUUCCCAAGAAUUGAGAGACGCACUGGCCACGCUUCAGCAGACUUUUGUGGUGUCUGACGCUACUAAGCCUGAAUGCCCCAUUAUGUACGCCAGCAAUGGAUUUUUUUCCAUGACUGGUUAUUCUUCUAAAGAGGUCAUUGGCAGAAAUUGUCGAUUUCUUCAGGGACCGGAGACGGACCAGAAUGAAGUGGAUAAAAUACGAGACGCCGUGAGGAAUGGGAGAAGUUACUGUGGUAGGUUGUUGAACUAUAAGAAGGAUGGUGCGCCUUUCUGGAAUCUUCUUACUAUCACCCCCAUAAAAGAUGUUCGUGGAAACACCAUUAAGUUCAUUGGAAUGCAGGUUGAGGUUAGCAAAUAUACAGAAGGAAUUGCGGACAAGGCAAUGCGGCCUAAUGGACUACCUAAAUCACUAAUUCGUUACGAUGCUCGUCAGAAGGAGAAGGCUCUAGAUUCUAUGACUGAGGUUGUCCAAACAGUGAAGGACCCGAAAUCUCACAAUAGGAGUAUUAGUCAUGACAUUAACUACAAGUCUGGUGAUCUGGAUAAAUUCAACCUUAAUGAUGUUCUUUCUGAAUCGGUUGAAACUAAGAGUACGGGCACUCCCGGGAGAAAGACUCCCCAGUUAGAUCCCAUAAAUGAUGUGUCUCGCAAGAGUACUCAAGAUGCAGGCAACAGAUCUAGAAAAUCAGGACGCGUAUCUUUAUUGGGGCCAAAGGGAAAAUCUAUGAGCUCAGCAAAGGAGCAUGAUGAAAAACCAAAUUUUGAACAAGAAAAUUUGAUGCCCGUAGAGCGGACCGACAGUUGGGAGAAUGCUGAAAGGGAAAGGCAUGCACGCCAAGGAUUUGACUUGGCAACCACGUUGGAACGCAUUGAAAAGAAUUUUGUGAUUACUGAUCCUAGACUUCCUGAUAACCCGAUUAUAUUUGCGUCUGACAGCUUUUUAGAAUUGACAGAAUAUACUCGAGAAGAAAUUUUGGGUACAAAUUGUCGGUUUCUGCAGGGACCUGAAACAGAUCAAGCAACUGUCUCAAAGAUUAGAGAUGCUAUUAGGGAACAGCGGGAAAUUACUGUUCAGCUGAUCAACUAUACUAAGAGUGGAAAGAAGUUUUGGAACUUGUUCCACUUGCAACCUAUGCGCGAUCACAAGGGCGAGUUGCAAUACUUCAUUGGCGUUCAGCUUGAUGGAAGUGAUCAUGUGGAACCCCUACGGAGUCGUCUUUCAGAGAAAACAGAGCAACAAAGUGCUAAGUUGGUUAAAGCAACUGCUAAAAAUGUUAAUGAGGCUGUCCGAGAACUUCCUGAUGCCAAUUUGACACCAGAAAAUUUGUGGGCGAUUCAUUCUCAACCUGUCCUCCCAAGACCUCAUAAAAGGGAUACUUCUUCUUGGCUAGCAAUACAAAAGAUCACUGCACGUGGUGAAACGAUUGGCCUGCAUCAUUUUAAGCCUGUAAAACCCUUGGGUUGUGGAGAUACUGGCAGUGUUCAUUUGGUGGAAUUACAAGGUACAGGCGAACUGUAUGCUAUGAAGGCAAUGGAGAAAUCAACAAUGCUCAAUCGUAACAAGGUUCAUCGAGCAUGCAUUGAAAGAGAAAUCAUUUCACUUCUGGAUCAUCCUUUUCUUCCGACACUAUACACUUCAUUUCAGACUUCUACACAUGUUUGUUUGAUAACAGACUUUUAUUCUGGCGGAGAGUUAUUUGCCUUGCUUGACAAGCAGCCUAUGAAAAAUUUUAAGGAGGAUUCUGCAAGGUUUUAUGCAGCAGAGGUUGUGAUUGGCUUGGAAUAUCUUCACUGCUUAGGAAUAAUUUACCGAGACUUGAAGCCUGAAAACAUUUUACUGCAAAAGAAUGGGCAUAUUGUACUAGCGGAUUUUGAUUUAUCAUUUAUGACGGCCUGUAAACCCCAGGUGAUUAAACAUGCACAACCUACUAGAAGGAGAUCUAAGAGUCAACCACCUCCAAUAUUUGUUGCAGAACCAGUUAGUCAAUCAAAUUCUUUCGUUGGAACAGAAGAGUACAUUGCUCCUGAAAUUAUUACAGGUGCAGGACACAGUAGUGCCAUUGACUGGUGGGCACUUGGUAUUCUGUUGUAUGAGAUGCUCUAUGGUCGGACCCCUUUCAGGGGAAAAAAUAGACAGAAGACGUUCACAAACAUUUUGCACAAAGACCUCACUUUUCCUAGCAGCGUUCAGGUAAGUCUUGCAGGCAGGCAGUUGAUCAAUGCAUUGCUACAAAGGGACCCAGCAACACGUUUAGGAUCAAAUACCGGUUCCAAUGAAAUCAAAGAACAUCCUUUUUUUCGUGGAAUUAAUUGGCCUCUGAUCCGCUGCAUGAGCCCACCACCAUUGGAGGCACCUCUUCAAUUGACUGAAAAAGAUCUCCAUGCCAAGGAUGUAAGUUGGGAUGACGAUGGAGUUCUUGAUAAUCCAAUGGAUUUGGAAAUGUUCUAAAAGGUGGCUUGUCACAUAUUAUUAUAAUACAAGACUAGAGAGUCUUGUGUCUUUGCUGCCGUCCAUCUCCAUUCACAGCACUUUUUUUGUUAUGCUAUGGCCAAUGGCCAGUCACACACUCACACAUGCUCUGCCCUUUUGGGUUCCGCACGAAUGAGGUAUCUGUCGUGUCGGUCACUCCUUGAUGUAAAAGGCAUUCAUCAUUGAAAAAAAAGGAAGAAAUAAAAGUAGGCAGGUCGUGCCUUGCUCUCUCUUGGAUGAUAGAUAGCACGUACAGGGUUUACUGGGGUUAUCUUUAAUUGGUCUACAUAGUUUUAUUAUGUAAAGGAAAAAGAGUUUGUAUAAGAAGAAUUAACCAGAGAUGUUGCUCUUAGAUAGUGUACUUUUAACUUAUUAACUUAUGGUGAAUAAAUAUCUCUUUGGUGAA